AUGGCCAUGGAGCAAUACCUUCGGGACUGGCGACAGGACGCGAUCAACCGGAGCCAAUAUGAGACUGCUGUUUUCGUUGGAGACAAACUUCUGGCACUCACCAGUAGGCAUCUUGCGCCAGAUUGCUUUCUUAAUGCUAACUCAUAUCGAAAAGACAGUGACGGUGAUGCCUUUUGGCUUGCACAGGUUCAUUUCACGACUGGUAGCUAUUCCCGUGCCCUAGCUCUGUUGUCCCGCGAAGAUCUUGUCUCGAGAAACCCCGCCUGUCGAUACCUUGCCGGCCUCUGCUAUAUCAAACAGAACCAAUUUGAGCAAGCACUUACACUACUUGGUGAAAGUAACCCUACCGAGUUGAUUACCGACAAACAUGGUCGUCGCAAGAUCCCACAUCUUCGUGGACAGAGCCAUGUGACACUACGCAAUGGCAAGACUACUCGUGAGACUACUCGUGAACGUGACGAGCGCGAUGAGGAGCAUGAGAGGAAUAUUAAGUUUGAGGCAUCCAUAUGCUACUUGCGUGGCCUAUGCUUUGCGAAGCAGAAUAACUUUGACCGUGCUCGUGAAUGCUAUGAGACUGCCGUGCGAAUUGAUGUUCAAUGUUUUGAGGCAUUGGACCAACUAACGAAGAACUCCCUGAUGACACCAAAGCAAGAGCUUGAGCUCCUUGAGUCGUUAUGUUUCGACUCUAUCCACGCAUCCGACCCCUCUGUAGCCCAGGAAGCCGCUGAAUUUACCAAAAUGCUCUACACCACCCGCCUUUCCAAAUACUCCUCACCCUCGAUCCUGUCGAAUGCGACCGAAACCCUUUCGACCCACUACAAGCUCGCUAAUAAUCCGGAUAUUUUGCUUUCUCGUGCAGAAAUGUUUUACACUCAGUGUCGUUUCAACGAGGCCCUCGAAUUGACUUCCUCUAUAAUCACUACCCAUACCACCGACUUCACUGGAACGGCCAGCCAAAAUAUCCAUCAUCGUAACCAACUCGCACUUGCACCGGCAGCGUAUCCACUCCAUCUGGCUUGUCUCUACGAGACUGGGGCCAUUAAUGACUUGUUCUUGCUGUCCCACAUGUUGGCAGACUAUGCACCCGAAGAAUCUUACACAUACUUGGCCAUUGGCGUCUAUUACCUUGCGGUAUCGAAGAUUCCCGAAGCCAGGCGGUUUUUCUCCAAGGCAUCUCUUCUUGAUCCCCACUCAGCACCAGCUUGGAUCGGGUUCGCCCAUAGCUUCGCUGCCGAGGGAGAGCAUGAACAGGCUAUCGCGGCCUACAGUACUGCAGCACGCCUUUUCCAAGGCAGCCACCUGCCUCAACUUUUUCUAGGAAUGCAGCAUCUUGCUCUUAAUAACAUGACACUAGCUUAUGAAUAUCUGUGGGCUGCUAACGCCAUGUCGACCGGGAUGGAAAUAGGUGCUUCCGUCCCUACAAAGUCUCUACCCAGUCCUCUUGGUGGCGACCCCCUUGUCCUCAAUGAACUUGGGGUGGUCUUCUACCAUCAAAAUAGCCACACAAGCGCAGUAGCGUUGUUCCGACAAGCGCUCAACCUUGCCACCUCCCUUCACUGUGAGCCAGGUGCUUGGGUCGCCACCCGUGUCAAUCUUGGUCAUGCUUUACGCCGCAUGGGGCAGUUCAGCGAGGCACUUACUGAAUUUGAUGAAUGUCUUCGUGUAGGCUCCGGGGGCAACACUUCUGGCUACUCUCCGUUCUUAGGUCGCAGCGCGGGUGGUUCUGCCACCGUUCCUUCAGCGUCAGGUGUUGGCGGGUAUGAAGACCGAGGCCUGGUAGGCUCUCUGCACACGUCUCGUGGCCUUGUGCUUCUAGAAUUGGGUCGUAACACGGCCGCAGUGGAAUCUUUGCACGAGGCUGUCCGGAUAUUGGGCGCUCCUGGCGGUGGGGAUUCUGCUGGUGGUGCUGGAAUCGCUCAAACUCUUUUGGCACGGGCACUUGAAAUCUGGGCUCUGGAGGGUCGGGAGAAAGACCACACCACUGGAAGGGACCGAUCAUCCGCUUCUGUGUCUCCAUCCAAGCACCGAAUCGAAGCUGCCAUCGAACCGGAGACUGAGCUCGAGGCGGCGUUGGAUAAUAAUGCCGAUGAAGUCUUGCGAAGAGCAGGUCUAGGACGGACACGACGUCGACCAGCCCGGUCUUCUAACCCAUCCCCUCCUCCAUCCCCACAUCGCACCCGUCGCGGGCAAGGACGAACCCCCAGAGCUCACUGA